GCGGUGCGCGGGAGCGCGGCGGAAGUGACGCUAUCGGGACGCGCCGGCGGCGCGGGCGCAGCUCGGCUGGCCGCUGGCUGUGCGCGGCAGCGGGCGGCGCCGGGGAGCGGCAGCUGUAAAAUCUGGAUGCUCUGUCGAUACCUUCAGUGAGGACAAAAAUUUUUGGAAGCCCAAGCAUCACAAUUGCACAGGAAGAGGCUUACCAGCAAUGAAUGACUUCAAGCAUCUUGGUCUCAAUUAGUAUUUUAAGCUCUCAACACACAUUUCUCUGGAGCUGAUGUUUUCCUAAAGCUUCAAGCCUGGCUAAAAAGCUACUUUGCUGGAAUGCUUUAAAGGGUUAAAAAACCUUUAGGGUUUGAAAUUAAUUUUAAUUAAUUGAAGGAAAUAUUUCUGGCAUCACCUAAGAAAUAACUGGGAUCAUGGAUCAGAACAACAGCUUGCCACCCUACGCUCAAGGCUUAGCCUCCCCUCAGGGUGCAAUGACUCCAGGAAUUCCAAUUUUUAGCCCAAUGAUGCCGUAUGGCACAGGACUGACACCACAGCCUGUCCAGAGCACCAACAGUCUGUCCAUCCUGGAGGAACAGCAGCGGCAGCAGCAACAGCAGCAAGCAGCGCAGCAAUCUACGUCACAGCAAGCAACACAGGGAACGUCCGGUCAAACGCCCCAGCUUUUCCACUCACAGACUCUUACCACAGCCCCUUUACCAGGAACCACACCUCUAUACCCCUCUCCAAUGACUCCGAUGACUCCAAUAACUCCUGCAACACCAGCGUCCGAGAGCUCUGGGAUAGUGCCACAGCUACAGAAUAUUGUCUCCACGGUUAACCUUGGUUGCAAACUUGACCUAAAAACCAUUGCGCUUCGUGCCCGAAAUGCUGAAUAUAACCCCAAGCGUUUUGCUGCUGUUAUUAUGAGAAUAAGAGAACCUCGUACUACUGCACUUAUAUUCAGCUCUGGAAAAAUGGUGUGCACGGGAGCAAAAAGUGAAGAGCAGUCCCGACUGGCAGCAAGGAAGUAUGCUAGAGUUGUCCAGAAGUUGGGUUUUCCAGCAAAAUUUUUGGAUUUUAAAAUUCAGAACAUGGUGGGGAGCUGCGAUGUGAAAUUUCCCAUCAGAUUAGAAGGAUUGGUGCUUACACACCAGCAGUUCAGCAGCUAUGAGCCGGAAUUAUUUCCUGGCUUAAUCUACAGAAUGAUCAAGCCGAGAAUUGUUCUGCUUAUUUUUGUUUCUGGAAAAGUGGUUUUAACUGGUGCUAAAGUCCGAGCAGAAAUCUAUGAAGCAUUUGAAAACAUCUAUCCUAUUUUAAAGGGAUUCAGAAAGACAACGUAACAGUUUCUACGAAUUUCAGAGAAAUCGGGGGUACAUUUUAAAAGGUAUUGCAUAUGGCACAGCAGUAACAAGAGAUGGACUUUCACUGAAACUGCAACAUCAGGACUUGGACUGUUUCCCAGUUAGUGCCUAUUUCCCUGAUACUCAAGGGGAAUUACUGAUUACGUCUACUGAGUUACUGUGAGUUGCUUUAUUGGGCUGUUCCUGGAGCAGUCCCUUCAAGUUUUAUUUAUAAUCUAGCUUUUAAAUAGUUUUAAUGCCAGUUCUAUUAAUAGAAAAUCCAUAAGUUGGUUUGAAAGACAAAUGCAACCAUGUCACUCAGUGUAUAAACCACUUAAAUCGCCAUGUAUAUAUGUUUUAACUUCCUUCCGUAAAACCACGGUUUUUAUAAUUUUCAAAACUUAAGCUUUUAAAUUUUUUCAGUUUCAGUUUUUUUUUGGUGCCAGACACAUUCCCUCUUUCCAGUGUUAAGCAAGACAGAAUAAAUUUAUUAAUGAAAAUGGUUCACUGUACAUAUAUAAUAUAUAUAUACUUCCUCUUCCCCUUCCCUUCAGCCCCACAUGUACAAUAAACCCUGUUUAUACAAGUAUUGGAACUGUCUUAAUGAAUUUUAAAAUUACCCAACUGGUAGAGUGAAAUACAUUGAAAACUUUUUUUAUUUGAUCCAGAUUUUUUUCAAUAGCACAUGCACUACUGUAAAUGACCUGUCAUUUUGAGAAAACCUCAACAACAGUCUGGCUUGCUUACCAGCAGUCAUAUCCUUGGCAACAUCUAGCUUGAAUAUUUCUAGUAUCUUAAAGCAAAGGAGAUUACGGUAUCAAGAAGUUCCCAUUUAAGUACGUAUUGCUUCACCUUCAACAGAUGGGAUUUAUGCAAGUCAUAAAUAGCUAUGUUUGAGUGAAUUGGAACAAAAGACUUCUGCUUAGCUUCUAGGAUUUCUUUAAGUUACUACCUUUGUAUUUUACGAACUCUGACAGUCUCACUAUAUUAGUGUUCCUGUAAAAUGUCAAAGCCCUUCCAAAUAGUCAGUAUGUACGUAAUCUUCCCUUUGAACUGUGCUUGAAGCUUAACAGGCUGAGAACUAAAAAUAAAUUGUUUUUUCCUCCAGUGCA